GUUAUGGAGGGAGGCACGUAUUUUGUUUGCCUCGGGGUUUCAUAGGUUAUAGUGAUGAUCGGGUGACAGCUCUGGAAAUUCCGGGGGCUGGAUAAUAACAGUGGAAAACAAAAUAGGAAUACAGUGUUUGGAAGUGGUGAUUGUUAGUGAUAAUGGCUGCAGUGGCUAGUGUUCUUCGGGCUAUUGAAAGCUUAAAUGCUGUGCAAGGGGGUCAAAGUGGCCUGGAUUCGCUGACAAGGAGAAUGGAGAAAAUGACCAGUUGCACAACGAUAGUCAACGGCAUGACCUCACCUGCAGUGAAAACCACGAAAAAUUUUGCGCAGAUCCUCGGUCUAUCAAUAAAGACCCUCCUCUGCCUCUGUAAUGACGAGGAUUCCGAUGUUCGAAUGAUGGCCGACGAGUGUUUGAAUCGAAUAAUCCGAUCAACCUCGGACGGAAACGUCUUGAAGAUCCAAUUCGAGUUGUACAACGAGAUUCACAGGAAUGCUAGUUCAAGGUCCCUCAGGGCAGCCCUGAAACGUUUUGCCCUUUUGAGUCACACAAUAAGGCCCAUAAAGGGAAAGGCUUACAUCUCUAACCUGAUUCCCUCCCUCGUAGCCAUCUCCAAGAGGCCUGAGGAAGAAGUAAUCGAUACUCUGGCCCAGUCCCUCCCCUUGAUCCUCAAGAGUUUGGGGCCCUUCAUGACUGACAAGGAUGCAAAGACCCUGCUCAAGACCUUCUAUCCCAAUUUAAGUUCUCCCCAGGCUGUAUUUAGAAGAAACGCUGGCAACAUGAUCCUCGCUACAUGUUUGCACUGUCGGAAACCCAGAAUAGUCCUGUUCUACGCCCUUAGACACCUGAUAGACACGAUGAUAUCGGUAAAUAGAACCGAGGAGAAUCUCCAUUUGGUGGUGGGAAUUCUGGGGUGCAUCAGGAUAAUGCUUCCCCACGUUGAUCAACCCCAGGAGUCAGACCACGAGACAGACGCCCACAAACUUGACUGCCUACUUCAGACCUACGAACUCUGCUUGAGGUACGUACAGCGUCACUCAGACCAUAACGUGAUCAAUGCUGCACUAGAGACACUGGCUCAACUUCUCCGUUCCCCUAAUGAGGAGUUUGUGGUACAAUUGACCUCGAAAAGUGGAAUUUCGGGAGGUAGCAGGAUUAUCUCCUUUCAGAGAACCUUGAGGAUGUCCUCUAGUGAUUCAACAGAGUCUGAGGAGGGCAACAGGGAGAGGAAUAAUGCUGAUACCGUGGAAGUGAAUUCAAUCAGUGCAAAAGAAUCCAUUCAGGACCACAAAUCCGAAAAAAAUUUGUCUGGCUCCCAAGUAUCUACUAAGGAAAAACAUCACGAGGAGACUUCGAGACUGAACAUAGGAAAUUCAUUGGAUGCGGAUGUGCCUUUGAAAUUUUGUUGUCGUUAUUUAUGUUCAUGCUUCCUGCUGGCGGGAAGACCCACCGAAUUAAUUCCAGAUAAUUUAUUUCGGGUCUCUGUAAAGUCCCUAGCACUGACCUGCAUCGGUGGUAUUAUCAGACUCUACCCAAACAUUCUUCUUCAAACGUUAGAAAAAUCCUCAAGAGCCUCCAGUGAAAAUUCCCAGAUGAUUUCCGACAUUCUGCUGUUCUCGAAACACUCGGAUCCACAACUGAGGGGGAAUGUAGCAAUGAUUGUAGGAUUAUUCUUGAAUUCAGUUUUCGUGAAAUACUGGGGCUCCUAUAAUACCCUGGAACGAGAGAUACAACAAACUAAUGAGGGAAAAAUCAUCGAUUUAAAUCAUUUAAUAAAUUUAUUAACUAAUUCCCUGGAGGAUGAAUCAGCAACGACCUCUCGUCAGGCUUUGCAAUCCCUGGACAUUUGCCUCACAUCACUUCUUCAAUCAGAGGAGAGUCAUCACUCCCUCCGGAUCCUCUUCAAACUGCUGCCACUAUCAGACAAUCCCUACUUCCUCGUGAAGAUGAACUUAUCCAAUGUUUUGAGUGAACUCCCUUUCAUCACCAUAAAGUACCUGACGACAUCUUCCACUUUCCAAUCAGACGUCACACAAAUUCUAGUCAAACUUCUGGGUGAUCAGGACCCCAGAGUUCGUAACGCAGCUGCUAAAGCCUUUGUGACAUUCACUACCACAUCCUACCAUCAAUCCCCUCAUGAGGAUGAGUGCCUCCGGAAAACGUCUCAAUACAUCGAGCAGUGCCUGAACCCCUUCAUCACAAUCAACCUGGAUUCAAAGGGGUAUCAACUGGACCAGAAGUUCUUCGUCAACAGUCUUGUUGAUCCCUUCCUCUCCUUCUACAGUGAACCCAGAAGACCUAAUACGCGGGAUCAUAUUGAAGAAUCUCUAUCCAUCAUCGUUGGUCUGCUAGCCCAGAAGCUCUUCACCUAUCCUUCCAGAUAUUUAUCCUACGGAUGCUUCGAAGCAUUGAGUGAUCUCAGCCAGUCUUAUCCAACAACUUUGUACCCAGAUGCUUGGGACUGUCGUCAAGCCAAGACACUCAUGAAAAAACCCACGUCCAAGGUCCACGCCAGUAACAGAAGUAUCACCAGUGAAUCCAUCGACUUUCCUUCAAGUCCUGAUCACUUGUCCCCCAUUGGAACUCAACUCUUAUCUUUAACAAUAUCUCUGCUCUCGUCUGAUCCCGUAAGUCUUGAUCUAGUCACCCACAAGCACAUGAUUAUUCUCGCAGGGAAUUUAAUUGCUGGAAUUUCCUUGAGAAAUCUAAAGACGAUCGAUUUAAACGAGAAGAGUGACAACAUCUCCAAAAUGUGGGCAUUGUUUGAGGACAGAGAGGUUAAUCGUCAUUUGGAGCUUUUGUUCGUACACAUAAUGCGGUUAAUAAAUAUCUUUGUCCAUGUGAUCGAUGGGAUUCAAGUCCCUUCCAGCAGCAAAUCGGGACUUCCCUCUCUGCCAACAACUCCAUCCCUCUCCCCCAGGAAGAAGAUCCAUCAGGAUAAACCGAAGGAAAGGAAGGACAACGUCCUCACGAACUCAUUCAGAGCAAAGGAACCCAUCGGUGCAUUCAGCAGUUUACCUCAUUACCUCAGAUUUCAUGACAUUUUGAAGGCCGCUCAUAUGAAUUACGUGUCAACUCUGGAUGUUGACUCUAGUCAGAUGUAUCUGGGUCUCCUGGACUCAGCCCUCCAGGUUCUAUCUCAGAUAUUCGAGGUGGCAAGUACCUUCGAGGCCAGAAAAGUAGCUGAAGAAGUGCUACAUUAUCUGGAGGCAACUCUAGCCCUGUCACCGUCUAAGACUGUUCAAUGCGUGAGACAAUUACUGAAAUCUUUAUUUGGGACUAAUCUCUCGGUUCGUUGGGACGAGCUGGAGGACGUCAGGAGCCCUGACGACAGAAUAAAGAACCCUGAAGAAUUGAGAAGAGGCUUGUAUGAUCAUUGCUUUCAGAAGCCUGGCAGGCAGAUGGCGGAUGUCAUAAAGUCGAUUGGAAAUACCUCCUGGAGCAAUGAGAACGAACUCAAGAGGUCCUCGUCAACUUCCUCCUUCCACCGCAGGGAUUCUGAUAGGAAGAUGGUGUUGGCCUUCAAAUCUUUUGCCAGGACCACUAAUCAGAAAGCAUUCUUUGUUUCGUUCAUCAGGAUCUUUGAGACAAUGGUCAUAAAAUCAUUGAACCAGUACACAACCACUAGUUCUGUGUCCUGCCAGUGUCAGGUGUUGAGUCUACUCUCGCAACUCGUGCAGUUUCACGUUAAUUAUUGUUUACUGGACACUGACAAGACAUUUAUUGACUUCGUUUUGGGACAGUUUCCCUUCAUCGAGGAAUCCCAAAUCCCCCAUGUGCAGCAACUCCUUCCGAAGAUCUUUGGUUUCUUAGUCCAUCUGUCCUACGAAAAAUACCACUCUAAGAUGAUUAUCGACAUCAGAGAAAUAAUAAAAUUGUGUGAUGGAUUGAUGGCAAGUGGACAACCCCCCACGACCCACUGUAUUCCAGCCCUGGUUCCUGUGAUAGAGGACCUUUUUCUUGCAAGAUCAUCAGCAUUGAAAACACCAGGAGAAAAAGCUGAACUGGACACCACUAGGGAAUAUCUCAUGUCCAUGCUUCUGCGAUUAGUUGAAUAUCAUCCAGUCAUUGAACUUCUAGCUCAGUGUCUCUCUGAAUGUCGAAGCGAUGAAGAUGGCGAAGAGAAGUGGAGGAAGUGGUCCAGAAUGACGAUGGACGUUGUCCUGCCUGCCCUGGCAUGCGGGAAAAUCAGGAUUGAGUUGGAAGUCGCUGGAGUUGCAAUCAUUAAACUCUUCUCAACAGUCUCACCGAGCUGCUUUAGACCUGUCGAUCCUCUACUGAAAAUUCUCUUCACUGUUCCUCCAGGGCUCAACGAACCCAGGAUCAAGCUCGAAAGGUGGCUGGGGAUGGUGAACAUCGUUAUACUUUCUCUGAUAGCUUAUGCCAAGGAAGAAACCAUGUUGUCGAGACUGGCUGAACUCAGUGUCUUCAUGACUGAGCUGGUGCACACCCUCGAUCUUCCAGACACCUUUACCAUUUACGAUACCGCUGAUCCUUUGAACGCAACUAACGUAGAGUCUUGUUCAUUAUCACCAGAGAGAAUUCUCGCCAUUUUUGCGUUCCGAGUGAUCUUCUUGGCUUCUUCCAAAAUAUGUUUGACCCUUAAUUCUGUUGAACAUCGGGACAAUCUUCUCCACAAUCGACAGAGAAUUUAUCUCCUUCAGGAACUGGCUUUUUUUCUACAAUUAUGCAUCCACAUGUUCGAGUCUGGGAGUCACUGCAAAGUGGCAAAUGCCACAAUUCAGAUGCUGAAUGAUGAAGAGUUGAUUCCAAUCGAGAAACUGAACUCCCUGAUGCUUGAAAUUUCCAUGAAGAACUGUCCAAUAUUGACGACCCACUGGACAUAUCUCAUGACACUCUUAGGAUACAAUAACAAGGACUUCUGGUCCAAGACAUUAGGAACAAAAAUUAGAAACCUAUCGCCCACAGAAGACGGAAUAAUCGUAAAUAUUGACACAAAAAUUGUGAGACAGUGUGCGACGAUUUUAUUCAGCGAUCACAUCUGUGAGAACAUGAGCGAUACAGAAUCUUUGACGUGGUUGGUGAUGAAUCACAUAGAGGAGACGAUGAAUUUGGCUAACGAAUCACCUGUUCGUGACUUAGUGACAGCUGCUGUUCACAGAAAUCCAGCAGCAAGUGGUCUCCUGAUUCAGGCGAUUUCAGCCAGAUGUUUAGAUCUAUCCAGGCCUUCUUUUGUGAAAAGAUUAUUGAGAACCCUGGAGAGCGCACAUGAGGAUCAGAGUGGUGCGGUCAUUCUAUCAAUUAUUCCAAGAUUCAUAUCGUUGAGUCAUCUCGUGCUGGGAAAGGCAGCAGGUAAAAUAGCAGCCAAGCGAGUGGAGUUGCUUCUAUCACUCCCCGAGGAAGAGGUUCUCAAACAACUGCCUAAGGAGGACCUAUUGACCCUGAUGGAGACCCUGCAUUCUACAGGGCUCGCUAAGAAGCAUGGAUUUCUUCUGGGACUCAUCAACAAUUUGGCUACUAGGUUCUACGACCUUUCUCCCCUAGAACUGGAGCACUGCAGAUCCUUCAACCCCUCCACAGUCCAGAAUAUUCACCUCGAUAAACCCUGGUUCCUGUCCCAAGUGAGAUUGAAGUGUUGUAAUCCAACGAGCAAUCCUCCAGACUCGUCAGAAGCUGCCGAACUCCUCAGUAAUCUCGACCUCGAGGACUGCGACAACAUCUUCAUGUCCAAGAACUUUGACUUGAGGAUUCUGGCAGAGUGCAUCCACCUGGGGACGAGACUGACCCUCGAGGAAGAUACGGGCAGAACAGCUUUCGUGAGAAGUACAGACUUUUCGAUUCAAAACAAACAAACAGUGGGAGAAGGAAAUUCGGAAUGUCUAUCACCCCUGUAUCAAUCUUCUCGUCAAUGUCUUUUGAUUCACGUUAGGAACAUCAUCGAUCUCCUUCCAAAGACCCACGCAGUCUACAGUCCCUGUAUGACUGAGGAUAAAAAUUUGAAGACCCUUAAAUACUCAAAGAAAUUUCAAGCUCUGAUGGAGGAUCAGAUUUUCUGGGACAGAGUCUUCACGCUGAUUCCUGCAGUGACAGCUUACCUCGAGACCCUGAAGCAAUUCAACAACCGAGGAAUAACCUGCAACAUUCCAAAAUUCGAUGAAGAAGACCUCUCGAAGUUUGCAGUCCUCUGUUUGGAGAUAAUCCACUGGAUGACGUUCACGAGGUCCUUGAAACCCCACGAAUUGGAGCUCUCCCUGACGUGUGCCACAGAGCUGCUGAAGAAUGAAAAUGUCUCCAAAAUCUUUGGUAGUGAGUCCCACUAUUCCUGGGUGUGCUCAGCCUCUAACACCCUGACUAAACUGUUGGAAUACUGGAUAUCCCCUGACGAUUCAUCUGCCUUCAGUCUUCCCCCUGUAGACGAUCGAGGCAUUCUCCAAGCCUUGAAGACUGACGCAACGAAACCUUAUGCCCUCGCCUGCCUCCAAAUGUCAAGCCUCAUCUCUUGGUUAGAAAAAACCGAUCACUCCUCUCGACAAAACGAUCUAAACAUUCCCCAGUUUAUCAAGAACCCACUGACAUCAUUGAUCAUAAUAAUCAGUAGGCAAGACCUAGUGAAUUCUUUUGUACUGACUCCUCCCCUUGUCUGGAAACACGGUUGGAUGAUUGAGGGAUCUGGUCCCACUUUAUGCCACUUCCCGUUGCUCCUCUCGACAGUUGAAUCUAACUUCCUCCAGGAGCUUGAUAUCCUCAGACAGUUCGUCUACAGAAUAACUCUUCUGGGUUGGACCUCUCGUCUACAGUUCGAGGAGAUCUGGAUGGCUUUGCUGUCAGUCCUUAGUGCAGCAUCGAGUGAAAAUGAUUCGGGUGAAUCAGAAGGAAGCAGUAUUCAAUCAACAAGUCUAGCAGUCCAGGGAAUCACAAGACUAUUGACUCAGACGUUAAUUCUUCCCCACCCUGGGAACCCUAUCAACAGUAUUGCAAUGCACCACUGCAGAGAUCCCCCUUUAUCUCUUCAGAAGCCAGCAUCACAGAGGCUGUACAUCGUCCAGGAUCUCCUGUCCUGGAAGUACCAAUCCUCCAGAGACUCUAGACUUCCCAAAGACAGUUUCCUGAAUUUUGGAGUGGACUCCCUGGGUCUUGAGCAUUUAUUCACAAGAGGUAAUAUCGAGAGGGAGAGAUUGACAACUGGAUUCGAUGAGUUAUUAUACAGCCAGUUGUCAGUUUCGUAUUUGUGGGCCUUGUGUUCCCUUCAUGAAGACAAAUUGUCAGCCUCUGUCCUAAUUUUGAAAGAAAGAAGGAAUCAAGCAUUGGCUUCAGAUUGUUUGGAUCUCGAUUCUUGCGUCAGAUUUCUAAUAGAAUUAUAUACGAGAUGGCUGUUGCCAUCUUCAGGAACACCAUUGAGACUCCUUAAUGAAGUCGUCAGAAGCAUCAUCUCAACGUCAGAUCUCUUCGUGGAGAGGGGACAAUUCCAAUGGAUGUUUGAUACUUGUUCAGAAAUGGAGAGGUAUCACACAACCGAUGAUGACAUUCUUCACAACACUUUAGUCUUUGCUGUCUGUAAGUCAGCAGCUGUGCUAACACCUCUGGACAUCGAGAGCCUCGAGAAAGUGAAAAGAGCUGUUGAUAAUGGAUUGAAGACGAGUUAUUUGCCAGGAAGAAUAGCAACUCUCCAUGGAAUUUUGUUUCUUCUUCAAAGUGCUGUCCAGGCAAACUGCGAGGAGACGAUGAAUGUCAUUCAUCCAUUGGCUAUCAAAUACAUCCACAAGCACAUUGAGAGUGCAGAAAGGCCCGAGGAUCAGAGUGAGGAACACCAGAGGACAAUGUGGGCUCUCGUUUUCUUCCUCCUAGAGCAUGCUGAAGAUACUCCGCCUGAUGCCGAAGCACCAGCUGUUCUGGAACUAGCGCUCAGUCUCGUAUCAUCUCGAAAUGUUUCUGUAGCAAUGAACCAAACUAUCCUCCAGGGAUUGGAGAGGCUUGUGGCUACCAAGAGUGUUGUUGGAAGGGUUGCUGAUCAAAUUGUGAAGGUGUCUUUGGAGAGAUUGAAGAGCAGUUGCAGUCUGAUCGCCAUCCCUGCAUUCCGAUUGCUAUUGACUUGCAUGUACUCUGAGGCUGCUGACAGGUUCAACAGAACUGCUGUCGUCAAAGAGGAACAACCACUUCCGGAUAUCGAACCUGAGGCUCUUAUGAGGACCAUCGAGAGGACUUCCGCUAUUUUCGAUAGAAUCAAGAAGGGUCAGAACAUGGAAGUGAGAAUUUUUUGUGCUGUUUUGUCGGAGAUCCUGGGCGACUUUUUCCCUCCUUUUGAGACUUUGACGAAGGUCAUUGGGGAAUUCUUGUCUCCGCAACAACCGCAUCAGAGACUGGUGUCUGGGGUUGUCUUCAAGGUUUGUGAGAGGGUCACUGGGACUGAGGAUCAGCUGACUCUUCUGCAGGACUGGGUUGUGUUCAGUUUGUCUACAUUUAUCCAAAGUUUACCGCUAGUUACCUCCACCUGGUGCCUGUCAUGUUUCUUCGUCAGUGCAUCAACGAAUAAGUGGCUCAGAGCCCUGUUUCCACAUGUACAAUCAAGAAUGGGAAAGUAUGAAUAUGAAGAUAAGAAAAUACUCUGCGUCGCUGCUGCCGAUUUUUAUAAGAAGCUUUCGAACGCGUCACAGAGGGAAGCUUUCCUGAAGAGCUUCGAAGCAGCUGGAAAAGAGCCGGGCUCUCCCUUCUGCGAUAUAAUGACAACUUUUCAAUUUACUGAGUGAUUGAAGUCAAGGCCAAAUUCUUCGUGUACAUAGAAGAAAUAUGUUGUAUUCAUAUUAUGUAAAUCAAACCAAUGAUUUUAUUUAUUCUAUCCAUAAUUAGAAACUAUUUUUCCGAUA